UCUGGGAUUAUUGUGGUUUUCGACUUCGACAAAACCAUUGUUGAUUGUGACAGUGAUAACUGGGUCAUUGAUGGGUUGGGUUUCACCGAUUUGUUCAAUCAGCUUCUUCCAACCAUGCCUUGGAACACCCUCAUGGAUAAGUUGAUGCUGGAGAUGCAUGCACAAGGAAAAACCAUUGGGGAAAUUAAAGAAGUUCUUCAUAGAAUUCCUAUUCACCCAAGAGUAAUACCUGCCAUUAAAGCUGCACAUGCUUUAGGGUGUGAUUUGAGGAUUGUGAGUGAUGCUAACUUAUUCUUCAUUGAAACAAUUUUGGAGCAUUUGGGAAUAAAGGAAUACUUUUCAGAGAUUAACACAAACCCAGGUUAUGUUAGUGAAGAAGGAAGGUUGAGAAUUUUGCCUUACCAUGACUUCAACAAAGCCCCACAUGGUUGUGCUUUGUGCCCUCCAAAUAUGUGCAAGGGUUUAAUCAUAGAGAGGAUACAAGAUUCACUAUCCAACAAUGGUGAUGAGAACAAGAGGAUCAUAUAUCUUGGUGAUGGAAGUGGUGAUUAUUGCCCAAGCUUGAGGCUUAGAGAGAGAGAUUUCAUGAUGCCAAGGAAGAACUUUCCAGUGUGGGAUUUAAUCUGCAGAGACCCUUUGCUUCUUAAGGCUGAAAUCCAUCCAUGGAGUGAUGGGCAAGAACUUGAGCAAGUUUUGUUGCAAUUAAUCAACAAGAUCACCUCUUUGGAUGAUGAAAGCUCUCAACAAUUCAUCUCAUCAGAUUGCAAAAUGCAGACUCUAUCUGUCACUGCUCACGAGGCUUUGCCUAAAGUUCUUCCAAAGCCAACAUCUCAAUCUGGUGCAGUUGCCUCACCACCUCAAGCACGUGCUCGUGUUCAGAUUCGCAACAAUGGUAGAAAACUCCCCCUCCGAGUCUUGGCUGUGCUGCCACCACGUCCUCUGCACGUGCCAGCGCAACCACAUCUUCGCCUGCUGCCUCUCAGUUCUCAACAUCGCUUCAGCACUCUAAAUUCAUAUGUCAAAUUUUAACUUCGAAUCUUUCCUAGUGAUAUCUUUUCCGUAUUGGCAAUUAUCUUCCCAUGAUCGAAACCAAUUGAAAUAAAAAGAGCUGGUGACCGAAUAAAUUAGGAUUCUCCAUUAUUAUUAGUGAAGCUGAUUUUUUAUUUUUUUUGAAUUGAAAGAGACAAUGAUGAUGUUACAUGCUUGUAUUAGAUUAAGGCGUGGCAGGUACAUGUGUAUUUGGAUGGUGUUGUCAUUCUUAGGUGUUAGCCAAAUAGAUGUUGGACAAAAAAAAAUGUUUAAAGUUAGUGAUUAAUAAAAGAGAAAUUUAUCAA